AUAGUUGAGUUAUAUAUACCUCAGAGUAAUGAUAUGAUGAUAUAUACUAAGAAAUGAAUUGUUAUUUGUCCCAGUGACAAAUGUCAUUUAUAUACUUUAAGUUUUAUUCAUCAUUUAUGUUAGGUUUUUUCAAUUCAUACUAACAGAAGUUAUGGAAAACGAUACAUGUUUCUUUUUGAAUUCACACGAUAGUUCAGAAUAUGGGAAUGUCAAGCUACAAAAAAAUGAGGAAAAAAUGAUACGAAAUAAAAUUUAUUCAAAUUCUUUAGAAAAAGAAUUGGAUUUAAAAAUUGGUUUGAAUCACGAUGAAAGUAUUGAAAAAUAUAGGCAAUUAGUUUACGAAUAUUUUUUAAAAGCUGAGGAUUUGGAAAGUAAAUGUACAAUGUUGCAUAGAAAUCUUCAAGAAGUAAAAGAGGCUUGGGAUAAAGCUAAAAUGUUGAGAGAUCAUGCUUUAAAAGAAAAGGAAGAAAUGACACUUAAAUUUGCUAAAGGUGAAAGAAAAAUGUUGAAUGAGAAAGAUUUGAAGGAGAAAGCAGAAAAGAAAUGCAAUAUAUUAACCAAAGAAAUUGAAGCUUUACACCGAAAAUUGCAGAUGCAGGUAGAAGAGAAGGCUAGAAUUUCAAACAUGUAUGAUAAUAAAGUGCAUGAAUUGAAAGAUGCGAAGUCUGAGAAUGACAGAAUAUUAAAUGAAAAUUUUAUCAUGAAGAACGAAUUAAAGCUGUGUCAGAUCGCUCUAAAAAAUCAAUCUGAAUUGAAUGAAACUUUUAGACAGUGCCAAGCUAAAUUGAAAGAAGUUGAGCUUGAGAAAAAUGAAAAAGAACAACAAUUAGAGAGUAUUUAUAAAACUUUAGAUGACUUGAGUUCGAAACAUCAAGUUUUGCUAAUGGAGAACAAUGUUUUUAGCGACAGAAUACAAAAAUUGGAGACCAAAAUAUUUAAUUACGAGGAUGAGUUAGGUAAAUCAGUUUCUAAUAAGAAUGAAGAAAAUAUUUCACAUCUUUGUUCAUUAGAUCAAUUGAAACUUAAAAACCAAGAACUAGAAAUUGAUUACCACUCAUGUCAAAUGCGGGAAACUGAAACGUUAGUGUUCAAUAAACAGCUCUCGGAAAAGAAUGCUAUUCUACAAUCAGAAAAUUCUAAUUAUCAAAGUAUCAUAUAUGGACUGAAAGUCGAGAGAAAUGAAUUAAAGAAAUCAUGCAAAGAAUUAAAAGCAGAUCUUAAAACACUGUCUGAACGGCUUGUUGAUGAAAAGCAAGAGAAAAUGAAAAUUUUAGCAGAAUUAGAGGCUCUGAAAAAAAAUUUAGCUGAACAGACUAGGCAAAACUUGAAUUUAAAACAGCAAUUAUUCGAUCAGCAGGAAGAUAUUUCCAUAAUGAGGAAAAAGCACAAUUAUUCUCUGAGGGAGCUUCGAAAAGAAAUGAUGAUACACAAAUAUAACAAUGACGAUAACCGGUCGAGUAAAAGUUCAUCUACUAUGUCCCUCCACAGCUCCACUUCGAGGGUGUCAGAACCAUCUUAUGAUCAAGUGGAAGUAAUCCAACCGGAGAAUGUGUUGAAUCAGAAUGUUCUCAUCGAGCGUAUACUGAGAUUGCAAAAAAUCAUUGUUAGAAAAUCAGAAAAAAUUGAUUUCCUUGAAGAUCAGUUAGAUAUUUUGUUUUACCAGCUGCACAAAAGGAGAAAAUUACUGCAGUAUUAUUUUCUUCAAGAACGAACUGAAACUCUGACCUCCAAAGAAAUGGACGAGUCUAAAUUGAAACUUAUUAAGUUGGGAGGUGUGAUGGCAUCUGUUUUUGAUGCCAGGGUUUCUGAUAAAAAUCUCACUUUGGAACUGUCCUUGGAAAUCAACUCUAAACUACAAGCUGUUCUGGAGGAUGUAUUGUUGAAAAAUAUCAUUCUGAAGGAGAACAUUGAAAUGCUUGGUAAAGAAAUUGACAGGUUGAAUAGAAGAUUUCAGAAUAGAUGAUUACGAGGAAUUCAGAUAAAAUUGGUUCUUUUAAAUUGUACAUUGGAGUAAAUGAUUUUUAUGAAAAUUG